AUGAAAGAAAUAUAUAUUAUUAGACAUGGUGAAUCAACAUUUAAUAAAAAUUAUAAUGAAUUUGAAGAUCCAUAUUUAUUUGAUGCAAGAUUAACAGAACUUGGAAAGGAACAAGCAAAUCAAUUAUCAGAAAAUGUUAAUAGUUUAUUAAAUAAUAUUGAAUUAGUGAUUACAUCACCAUUAACAAGAGCAUUAGAUACAACUAAAAUUGCAUUAUUACAAUUAAUUAAAGAUAAAUCAAUCAAAUGUUUAGUAUCAUCAAUUCAUAGAGAAUUAUUAACAACAAGUGAUGAUAAUGGUAGAGUUAAAUCAAUUAUUGAGAAUGAAUAUCCAGAAUUUGAUUUUUCAUUAAUUAACGAUCAAAGAUGGUGGAUACCAGAAAUGGAAGAAUUAAUUGAAUUAAAAACAAAUUUUUCAAUUGAUACAGAUCAAUACUUUAAGAAAAUUCCAUUUAGAGAAUCUGAAUCAUCACUUUUAAAACGUGUUGAACAAUUUAAACAAUUCUUAUUAACUAGACCUGAAUCAAGUAUUGCUAUAGUUGGUCAUGCAGAUUUCUUUUAUUAUUUUACUCAACCUCAUGAUUUACCAUUAAAUAAUUGUCAAGUAAUUAAAUUAAAUUUAUCUUUAUCAGAUUCAAAAAUUUUAAAUCCAAUUUAUUUAACAAAUUAA